GGCAGGCUGCUGAUGCUCCAGCGAGUGUGAUGCUGUUGUUUUUUCCUCUUUUAUUCUGCGCUUUGUGAUUGCAACGUGGAGCUUGCCACUCAAGCGAGGCGCGGUAACACAUGGGCUGGUCGACUGAUGCUCAAAGUGGGGUGCUGACCCCCCCCCCGCCCCAUCCCAGAGUGUUGGCAACAGGAAGCGGCUUGGUGGGGGAUUAAAACACAGGAAGACCACCAGUGGUUGUCUUAUUGCUCUCACUCAGGACUAAGUUGAUUUAAUGAACCGCCGACGCCAUCAUGGAAGAGGAGGAAGACAAUUGAACUAUAGCUGUCCACGAUGCAACUGUUUCAAUGGAUACCUGAGCAGAGUUGAUGAGAACCCGGCAGAGCUUUAAGCAAGUUAAAUAUGUGCAAGUCAUGACUAUAUUUCUAAAGUGUAAACCCUCGAGCCUGUCCUCAAGUUACUGUGGCAAAAAAAAUCAAGUCCAGUUAGAUCAAGUCCUCGCUAAAUUUGAAGCGAGUAAAGUCAUCACUUGGGUUAAGCAAGUCGUAAGUCAAGUCAGAUCAUUUUGCUCUGUUACAACAUGCGUCUAUUCGCACAUUAGCCACUUUGCACUCAGUAGCUAGUUAGCUGUACUAAUACAUUCACGAUCACGGUUGUAACCAACUCAUCUUGUAAUUUUACCCAAAAGCCCAAUAUCCCAAACGUUUGCGAGUAAUGACGGUGGAAUGGAGUGAGUAGAGAUACACCCUGUGGACCUUUUAAUCAACAACACCAAAAAAUGUAUUUAAUUACAUAAAAAACACCAGCCUCCCAAUCAGGGCAAGUCAUCAAUCAUGGCGAGACAAGACACCUUGCACUUCCUCCAUGACUUCGAUCUAAGCGGCCAGUUCGUCGACGUCAGGCCCCUUGGCGCCGGAGGGACCGGGUUGGUCCUGUCGGCCGUGGACCAGCGCACGGGACGGCGUGUGGCCAUCAAGAAAUUGGCCGUGUGUGACGCGGUCACGGUGAAGCACGCGCUGAGGGAGGUGAAGAUCACCCGCCGGCUGCAUCACGAGAACGUGGUUCGGGUCCAUGAGGUCCUGGCGCCCCACGGACAGCCAUCGACCAGGGACCCGGCCCAGCUCGGCGCCUUGUACGUCAUCCAGGAGUGCAUGGAGACGGAUUUGGCUCGGCUGCUGGAGCAAGGAGCGCUGUCGACAGGUCACGCGACUCUGCUGUUCUACCAGCUGCUGCGGGGCCUCAAGUUCAUCCACUCGUCCAACGUGCUUCACAGAGACCUGAAGCCUGCCAACAUCUUCGUCAACACUGACCAACUGCUGCUCAAGAUCGGAGACUUCGGUCUGGCCCGGAUAGUCGACCCGCACUAUUCUCAUAAGGGCUAUCUGUCCGAGGGUCUGGUCACUAAGUGGUAUUGUUCUCCUCGCCUGCUGCUGUCCCCGAACAACUACACGAAGGCUAUAGACAUGUGGGCUGCAGGCUGCAUCUUGGCUGAGAUGCUCACUGGACGCAUGCUCUUUGCAGGAGCUCACGAGCUGGAGCAGAUGCAGCUGAUUCUUGACACUGUGCCGGUAAUCAAAGAUGAGGACAGACAGGACUUGCUACAGGUGAUGCCUUCGUAUAUUAACCACGGCUGGAAAGUCAAGAAGCCGUUUUCUGUGCUGUUGCCGGAAGUUAAUGCCGAAGCUGUGGACUUCCUGGAGCAAAUCCUGACGUUCAACCCCAUGGACCGUCUGACGGCCGAGGCGGCGCUGUCCCACUCCUUCCUUCGCCAGUACUCGUGUCCCGAGGACGAGCCCACCUCGUCCCACCCCUUCCGCAUCGAGGACGAACUGGAUGACACCCUCGUCGCGGGGCAAAGCCUCAGCAACAGUCUGAGCCGGGCCUCCAGCAUCCACUGGGACAGCUUGGCAACCGAUGUGUGCUGGCAGCAGUCAUGCAUGCCUUCUGGUCACAUGACCUCAGAUAUGGAAGACACCACCGAGGAAGAGGAGGUACAGAGGGACCCUAGAGCCAGCUGCAACUCACUUCUAGAGGAGGCCCAGGUGGACCCACGUAAAUAUUCUCACAGCAGCUCCGCCGAACGCUACCUAGAAAACUCCCACUCCUCUCUGGACCGGGCCUGCGGUUUCGGGUUCGGCGACCUGGACUGCGGCCGCUCGUGCGACUACAAGGUGGGCUCGCCCUCCUAUCUGGACAGGAUCGCGUGGCGGGACGGCAAACCUCAGCACUACUCGGAACCACGGCUCAUUCUGGAUCUGUCUCACUGGAAGCGCAACACCAGCAACCCUCCAGUGCCCAUCCAGCCACUUGGUGGAAGCGUGGAGGACGUGCGGGAGCUGAACACGGAUGACCGCGUUGCAGGAACGGGGGAUUUAUUUCAGGAGAUCUUCCGCUGGGUGGAGAGCACCCAGUCCCGUCUGUCCUCACCCAGUCCGAGUCCAUCUCUGGAGCGGCACUCCUGCUACACCUGCUCCCCGCCUCUCCCGCUCUCCCCUACAGACCUCUCGACUCCGGUCUUCCACUACCCGAACGUGGAGCCUCAUCACUUCACCGACGAGGACAGACUCAGUCCCUCCCCGCCCGUCACCCCUCCAUCUCUCUGCUCCCUCCUCCCGUCCUCUCCCACCUCUCCUCGUCUUCCUCCCCCAGCUCUCCCCACUACCACCACUGCCUCCUCCUCUGACUUUCGACCCGACGAGUCACUUCCUGUCAAGCAGAAAGAACGCCUUUUCGACUUGGAUGUGUUCAUAUCCCGAGCGUUGAAGUUGUGCCGUCAGAAUAAGGAGAAAGGUGACGGGAAAGGGCGGAGGGAGGAGAACAAACAGGUGAACAUCAACAGCAGGUUGCCCAGACCUCCUGAGCACAGGACACCACCACCCCCGCAGACUUAAAGACCACUGCAGGAUUUUACACACAAAAGUUUUGUUUUUCCUCUUUCGUAGUAUACAGAGUU